UCACCUUAACCGUCGAUACCACACUUUUGGGUCAGGGAUUAAACCAGACAACUCACGCUAAACAAAUCACCACAUACAAAAUACUGAAUAUGUAAACCCAAAUAUGUCUCACAUUUUGAUUCGAUCCAUACAGGCUACGUGUUUUUGUGGUGGGAAACAAACCAACACAACGUGCUAACUGCGUGUACAAAGGUUCUGGAAAAUGCUGAAAUUCGUGCAGAGCGUGUCUUGUCUUGGGAGUAUCCAUGGGAAGAGCUGAAGACCGACACUGCGAUGAGCUACCACCAGAGGGCAGUGCUUCUUACCUGGACACCAAGACCUCAGGAGGAAAGCAGAGCAGAGAAAAAAAAAGAGUCUAUCUCCCCACUUUCUUGUUAGUUAAUUAAGACCCCUUACAUGUAUUUGGACUACCACCAGAGGGCAGGCUUGGAGCACCAACCAGAGAGGCGGCCACAGAAAAACUCAGGCCUUCUUCAUACCUUAGGAAUUUGGGACAGCCGCCAUCUUGUGCUCUACUGGCUGUCUUGGAUGAGCUCUCAAACUGCCUCUAGUAGCGCUCCGUGCUCAGAGCAGCCCGCACCCAGGCCCUAUCAGGGAGUCCGUGUCAAAGAGCCGGUCAAGGAGCUGCUGAGGAGGAAGAGGGGAAAUCUCACUAACACUAAGCCAACAACUGCCACAGCAGUAGUGGUCCCACACCCUACGUUAUCAACAUAUCCGCAGAUUGGCCACUCCGGGUUUAUGGAAGUGGGCAGCAGUGGCCCGGAGCUGUCUGCCUCGGAGGACGGCGCCAUCUGCACGGGCUGGAUUGCCCAGCCGUCCGGAGCGCCUCUCCAGCCCAUGUCGCACUGGACCGCCUGUCCAGACUACCUUCCCCAGGAUCCCUCCAUGUCUGCCUACACUGCCGACAUGUACGUGCAGCCCGUCGGCCCCAGCUACGCGGUGGUGGGGCCGCCCUCCGUGCUGACCUACACGCACGCGCCUCUCUUCACGAACUUCGGGACCAGAAACGCUUCACCCAUGGCCCUUGCUCAAGCUGACCUCUCCGAGUCCUCGGUGACCUAUUUCCCCUGGGCGCAGUCCCUGGCCACCCUGCCCGCGCCGGCCAUGCAGUGCCCACCCGGCGUCGCAGCCUUCCCGCCUGCGCAGCUCGUGCCUCUGCCCAUCACGGUGCCCGAGCCGGACCCCCAGAGACUAGAUCAGGCGCGGGCCACCAUCGGCAGCCUGCCCAUCGAGAAGCUGCUGCAGGAGGACGAGGACAAAGACACGAUUCUCCACAUUUAUGUAGCCAAAGAAAUGAGAGAAUAUGCGUACGCAGCCGCGGAGAAAAUGAGAGAGCUGCACAGAAUUGAUACAAAGGAACACCAUGGGAAGACCCCCUUACUGGUUGCAGUGACCGCCAAUGAGCCUUACAUCGUACACGAUCUGAUUGGGCUUGGCGCCGAUGUGAAUGCAGUUGAUGACAGGGGCCAGACAGCUCUGCACCUCGCUGCCACAUACGGAUACUUGGAAGUCAUUCAGGUUAUUCUGUCUUCUGCAACAGCUGUCAACUUAGAAAUGCUGGACUUUGAAGGUCAUACACCACUCCACUGUGCUGUUCUGACCCACAAUGCCAUGCACCGGGAAGUACAGCACGACCUCACAAUCUCGAUGGAGACAGUUAAAGAUGUGGAAAGCCAUCUUGUAAAGGUCAUGGACUGCAUUAAGUUACUAGUUCAGGCAGGAGCCUGUGUUACAAGCCAGGACAUAAAGAGCAAUAAAUCUGUUCUGCAUCUGACUGUUCAAGAAGGGAAUUAUCGCCUGCUAAAGUUUUUCUUGGAUCUCAGCAUUGGAAUGUCUGAAGAUUUCAUUAACAUGAAGGCUCACGGGAACAGCGCUCUCCACAUGGCAGCCGGCCUGAGGAACGAGGUGUACCAGGAGGAGAUCGUGAAGCUGCUGCUGUGCCACGGAGCCGAGCCCAGCAUCCGUAACCUGGACAAUGACCAGCCCAUCCACCUGGUGCAGCCCGGGGAGGAGGGUGACCGGAUAAGGCAGCUGUUGAGAAGGGGGAAAACAUUCCUGUCAGCCAGUCAUCGGAGUUCAACAUGCCAGGAAACCUGAAGAGAUAACGAUAUUUUACUACUGAAUAAUCGACCCAGCAAUCUUUAGCUAUGAUAAAUUUGUACUUAUCGUGAAAGUCUUGAUGCGUAAUAAUACACCAAUUUGUGAUGUAAAGAUUGAAACUGUUUGAAACCGAUGUUGAACGAUAUUCUGUGGAUUUUCUAUUCCUGGUCUCAGAAGAAGACUAAUUCUGAAAUCUGUAGCAUAUGUGACAUGUAUAAGUUAAUCUGAGACUGAAGAACUAAUUAAUAGUUUUUCAAAACAUUACUGAAAAAACACUCUAUUGGUUUCAGACAAGACAUUUUUGGGACUAGGAGUUAGAUUGCCUCAAAGGAUGAUAGAGUCUUUUAACUAGAUUACAUUAAAAAGUCAUUUUUUUCUUCCAGUUCUCAAUAUUUGUGCCUAGAAUUUAGCAUCGUCAUGUACAGAUGCUUACAUGGCUAGAAGCUAAAAUAAAGCAGGACCAGUAGUCUUUAAAGUAGAUUCCAUACUUUAAAAUGGUCACAUCCUUUCAUUUAUAAUCAAACUACAUCGUCUUGGCUGUUGCAAGGUAUUUUUUAGUUUUAUAUUCCUAUUUAUUAUCAAUGAAUCAAUUAGAUCAUCUGAUAUAGGUUUCACAUUGAACAACUCAGUGACAACUCAUUCAUUUUGGUAAAAAGCUAUUUGUUGAAGUCAUGGAGAGAUAAGUAUAACUGAAGUAUUUUGGGAUGUUUUGGGAGAGAUUCUGAAGUGAUGCUGCUGAAACAAUUGAUUGUGCAUAUUUAGAAAUGGUCCACACUGUGCCCUGGGAUGUGGAAAAUGUACACAGAACUGUAUUUCACAUGAAAUAGUCAGAUACCUUAGGGUUGAGAUUCAAGAUUUAUUUGAAAACUAAUCACAAUACAUUGAACAAAGACAGCCGGACUGAAUGGUCAGUAUUUCAAAACACGAGACAGUUCAUGCAACAGGCAAGCAAGUUGAACUAACUGUAACAAGUAAUCUUCACUUUACUGGGAUUGAGAGGGGGAUAUGUGUUAGCAGUAAAAACUGAAUGGCAGAACCGAAUAAUAAAAAAGUAACUAACCAAUCAGAUAUAUUCUGGGAAGAAAAGCAUAAAGAGGAUAGAAACCAAGUCAAAGUCCAGUGUAUAUAAGAAUUAAACAAGAUGUUGGUAAAAAGGAAUUUUAAUUUUCCAGUUAACACUUAGUUAAAGAACUUAAAAGGCCUUUGAAUACUGAGGAAUUAAUUUAAAAAUGUGCGAUUAUUGUGGAUAGAUAUGUUUUUGCGAAACCCAGUGCUGAUUACAACUUCUAUGUUUUCAUUAAUUUAUGCAACAAAUAUGGAACUUUCUGCUACCAAGAUUCAGUUCCAUUGUACCAAGGGUAGUCAUAAAUAGGUAGUCUAAAAAUGUCUAGAUCAUCGCAAAUCAUUAGCCAAAGAUUAUUUUUUUUUGCAGUGAAAAUGUACCUCUUUGCCAAAGUCUUUUUGUCUUGAUGGGCUUACUCUCUCAUGGUAUAUUCAGCUGCCAAUAUGAUUGUGUGAAAAUUCUGUCUACGUCUACCCCGCUAAUGUUAGAGAGCACAGAGCGAUUCAUUUAAUUGGCCAGUAGCAUUAUUCUUAGCUUUGUAGACAACACAGAUGUUUUAAUAUUCCUUCCAUAUAAUUGCAUGAAUUUAUACACAUAAAGAUUUUCUUCCUGGUGAUUCAGGUGUUUCGCAAUAGUCCUUUGAUUCCAUGGAUGAUUCUUAUGGAAUGCUGACAGGCAAAUCUCAGUUGCUCAAGCCCAGGUAAUUAGGAGAGCAAAUAUGAACACAAACAUCAAAGAGGCUUGUUCACAACACCUGUUGUUUGAAAUCGUUCACUAGGAACGUUGUGAAAGUCAAGACAACAGGAGCAAAUUGGAAAUGUCAAGUAUUCCUUUAGUCUUGUGUAGUGUUUAACAAGAGGACUCCUUUUGACAGCAGUAUUAUUCUCUUGCAUUUUGAAACGUAAUGUGCAAUGAAAGCUAUACUGUAUUCAUAACUGGAAUUUCCUUUAGAGCAGUUCAAUAUUUAGUUUGGAAUUGGAACAAACUGCUUUUCUUAGCAUCCUGUUUCUAUAAUCGGACAAAUCUUUCAGCAGCUUGGGGCACAGCCUCCUGAGACUACUGAGGGAUGAAGCGGUUAGUUAUCCGUUAGGAUUUCUGUGAAAUGAAUUUGUUGAUUGCCAUGCAGUCAUCUUUAAUGUUUUAAUUUUUUGGAAAGCUUACCGACAAGAAAAUCCCGAAAGGCUCUUCAAACAUUUGCAAACGUCCGAGGUAGAAUGUAUUGUUCUUGUUAUUCUGUUUUUAUGUCAUAUGGUGACACAUGCUACUAACACUUUUAACUCUUGCUGUGCACUUUCUUGUUUCAUUGAUCAAGUAAGACAAGAGUUUGGCAAAAGCACACCAUGUAGUAGUCUUGUAUCUUUCUGGUAAUUCUCCACCUCAAUGGUUAAUGUUCUCAUCCUGCACAUUUUGAUGCUCGUUAUGUUUGUAGCUUCCAAAUGAUCUCAGCGACUGUUCUAUUUCAUGGUGUAGACAUUUUAUUCACCACUCACACUGUGAAAAACUGAAAUGGAUUGUAUUCUUGAAUGUUUUAAUGUUGCACAAGCCUAAUAAAUUAAAUUCUCUUUA